AACAUAGAACUACGCAAGAUGACAACUACAAAAGUGUAAAUAAAAAGCUGAAAGUGAAGGCGUUCGUGCAAUUUUUCCAAUUUUUUCUAGGAAAUCCCGUGAAAAAGGUAAGAGAAAGCACUCGUAUCGCUGCUGUAGUGUACUUAGAAGCUCUAUAAUUGAGAAUAUUGAAUGAAGUAUCUGCUAUAGCUGCAUAAAUAACAAUGAUUAAUUUUCUUUGAAAGGUGUUUGGGAAGAGACCUCUCUUUGGGGGAUUUCUUUGGGGGCAUUCUUGUAGAUUUUCUGUAAUAUUUUCACUCUGUGAAUUCGUAUGGUACUUUGGAUAACAAGAUAGCAUGUCCUUGUAUGACGGUCACCAUGAUUCUCAGCACCGUAUGCUCUCACGCAGUAGCUCGCUUGAGAAUCACAUCCAGCCGCCUGCGGAGUUGUCCGGAAACGCUCAGAUGGCGUCUCCAUCGCAAAACAGCCCCAUGGGCGUCAGCUCGACGGCGAGCGCAGCGCCCACACAGUCCAGCACCAAAGCCAGCUCUGGCUCCGACAAUGCCACUGGACAGGUAAGGGUGAGUUUAUCCGGGAGUGCGCGCCACGAGCUCAUCUACCCGCGCUUCCAGAUCCUCACGAAGCCCCGACUGCAGGAGCUCGUGAGAGAGAUCGAUCCCACCGAGCAGCUGGACGAGGAGGUGGAGGAGCUCCUCUUGCAGAUAGCAGACGAUUUCGUCGAGAACACAGUCACUGCCGCGUGUCUCCUGGCCAAGCACAGAAAGGUCUCCAAAGUGGAGGUGAAGGACGUCCAGUUGCAUUUGGAGCGCAACUGGAACAUGUGGAUUCCAGGCUUCGGCACGGACGAGCUGAGGCCGUACAAGAGGGCAACGGUGACGGAGGCGCACAAGCAGAGACUAGCGCUUAUUAAGAAGGCAAUCAAGAAAUACUGAGGAUAGAUG